ACCGAAUAAACAAAGCCUUAUAUCUCCGCAUCAGAACAUCGUAGAAAAACACUGGGGUUGGAGCAUUUGACUCGUAGCUCGGAGUGUAAUCACUAGUGGAUGGCAAUUUUCUCCCUAGCAACCAAAUACACUACCCUAGCAACAGAGUAAACAAAUCCUUAUAUCUCCGCAUCAGAACAUCGUAGAGACAUGGGGGUUGGACCGGUUUACUCGUAGUGUAAUCAGUAGUGGAUGCCAAUUUUCUCCCUAGCAACCAAAUACAGUACCCUAGCAACCGAAUAAACAAAGCCUUAUAUCUCUGCCUCAUAACAUCAUAGAGACAUGGGGGUUGGACCCUUUGACUCGUAGCUUGGAGUUUAAUCACUAGUGGGUGCCAAUUUUCUCCUUAGCAACCAAAUACAGUACCCUAGCAACCGAAUAAUCAAAGCCUUAUAUCUUAGCAUCAGAACAUCGUAGAGACAUGGCGGUUGGAUCGUUUUACUUGUGGCUUGGAGUAUAAUCAUAUAUUGUUCCCAGAAUUUUGCCACAGCAAGCACCACUUCACUUUUUCUUUAGAAAACCAAGUUACUGUUCAUUAGGGUCUAUUAUAUUGUGCUGUUUCACUUUAGCCAACGCUAGAUGUCACUAUAAUACAAUCUCUUGUCAUCUCAUACAGGGUUGUAGUCCUGGUCAGUGUCAUUAUUGAGUUUGUGGACAGAGCAGGUGUUACUCCAAAAGCACGGUAACUAAAGAUCACCAGUGUCUAUACCUGAAAUAGUGAUCUUGAACCAAACCCCUAACGCUAAUUUAGAUCAUACUGAAAUUAUAACUACAACAUUUAAUGCAUCUGAGACCUAUCAAACUUUAAAUAAACUUUAAAUAAAUACGUCAAACUGGGCUGAACUUCUUUUCGGUAUAUGCUGAAUAAGAGGUGAUCGAAAAUGUUAAUUUUACUGUCAUUAAUUAUUCAAGCAUGUGAUAUAUGUGUAGGUCACAUGUUAACAGUGGGUAUCACAAUGUGUUGUGGGAGUGGCCAAAAACUCAAUCCUGUUGAUUGACAGAUAUGUUAAAAUAAGAGAUCAAACUCUCACAAGAUCACAUUUGAUUUCAUUGUCAUUGCUGGAGUCACAGGAUGCUCACAAUGAAGUGUUUGAUUUCAUUUUAUCUUCUGACAUUGAUUCUGCACUGCAGUGCAGAGUGGUGUUACCAGGCAAAAGCGAACUAUGAUGCACAUUGUAAAGGUCCAGAGCUCUGGAAAGAAGUAAACGCACAAUGUGGAAACACCAGACAGUCACCGGUCAACAUAGCGACAAAGAAAACCGUAGUGGACGGGCGACUGACGCCUUUCACUUUCACCGGCUACCACAACAUAUUCAACGGCACCAUAAUAAACAACGGUCACUCGGUUGUGGUGGAUGUAGCAGAAAAUAUCACGGCUACACUGUCUAGAGGAUUCCUGGGAGACACAUAUAAACCCAUCCAAUUUCACUUCCACUGGGGAACAGAUGUAGGAGCGGGAUCUGAACACACCAUCGAUGGGGAACAGUAUCCUAUGGAGCUGCAUAUUGUACAUAUAAAACAACGAUACAACAUCAUUGCAGAUGCAUUAAAUGAUCCAUCUGGCAUUGCAGCUCUGGGAUUCUUUUUUGAGGAGUCAAACAGCACAAACACAAAUUAUGACCAGCUCAUACAAGCCCUGAAGAGCAUACAGAACGAAGAUAAUAUCACAGCCAUUCGUAACAUCUCGCUCAGCCAAUUUAUUUUGUCAGAGGACAAACUGACUAAAUAUUACAGAUACAAUGGAUCUCUGACCACACCGAACUGCAAUGAAGCUGUGGUCUGGACUGUCUUUAAAAAUACCAUUCCUCUCAGCAGAGAACAGCUUCGGGCCUUUCCUACCCAGCUAAAGUUUUCUGAUGGCAAUCCGAUGGUGGGAGUAUUUCGACCUGUACAGUCACGUAAUGGACGUUUAGUGUAUCGGUCAGGUGGUCAGGGGGUCCUGGCCAGCGCUCUGCUUCUCUUUAUCUCCAUCAUUACAGCCUUUAGUCUGUCUCAUCUAAACUAAAGCAACCCGACCCGAACACAAGGAGUUUUCAUCGAAUCAACAGAGAGAAACCAAACUUAGAAACUACAAAAUUACAGCACAUCAAAUUAUCUAAAUAAAUAU